CUAAAACAUGAUAAAUAUUGGUAUAGUGAUAUUCACAUACUGCAAAGUGCAAACCCUCCCAAGUUGCGAAGAAAAAAAUACCAAAAGAAAACCAAGACAAAAGGAUGUUUAAAAUAUUAACGAUGGGAUGUUUGAAUCCUUAGCUAGUCGAACAGGGGAACAAAUACUCAAAUCUCAAAGUUUUUAAGUGGGUGUUACAGUGGAGAGUAAUAAUGACUAACACCAAUGGCAAUGUGGGAUCUUUGGGGGGGAAAAAAAGAAGCCCCUUCCAUACCAGUAAAGGGCAAUAAGAAGGGAGCAUAAAACCCAACACCAAAGAACUCCAAAUAAUUCCCACCCAACUCACCUCUCAUUUCCCACUGGAACUUCUCUUCUCCCCUCUCAAACACUUCCCGUGUCAUCAAUUCCUCAGUAAUCAGCCAUCAAAACCAUGGUUUCCCAGGGCGAUGAAGCAGAUCGCCAGGAGCAUGGAGCAGCAGCAGCAGAAGCUGACGAGAUCUACAUCGAAGAACAAGAAUGGUUGAGCCUAGGCAUGAAAAACAGAGCAUCUGGUGGAGGCAGGGGACAUGAAAACGACGACGACAACAACGAUUCCGAUCACACAACUCCUCCUUCUUCCUCGGCGACCCACCACAAGGUUUUCUCCUGCAACUUCUGCAUGAGGAAAUUCUACAGCUCCCAGGCACUCGGCGGCCACCAGAACGCCCACAAGCGAGAGAGGGGCGCCGCCAAGAGGUUCUUCCACUCCCAGCGGAUGAUGAUGGCCGCCGCCGCCGCCUCCAUCGGCUACCCUUUCGCUCAAAAUUGCGGUAAUAACUACUCUUCCUCUUUCUCGCCGCCUCUGGCAGCCGCUCGGUCGCUCGGCGUCCAACCGCACUCUCUGGUUCACAAGCCUGCCGGGGCGGCGGCGGCAGGGGCGGCGGUGGCGAGAUUCGGAGGGAGGGAAAGGGAUGGAAUUGGGAUGGGUAGUAUUUGGGCGCCGUCGUUUUUGCCGGAAGAAGGGACAGCCGUGGGUUUGGUUUGGCCGGGGAGCUUUCGAUCGGUGGUGGUAGAUAGAGAUCAGAGCUGCUCUGGCUCUGGCUCUGGGGAUUUGCAUAGUAGCCUUGAUUUGGAUCUCAAGCUGUAAUAAUUCUUUCUUUAGCUAAAUUAUUUUACUCCUUUUUCAUUUCUAAUCGUUCUGUUUUCAGUUUUGACCUCCCCUGAAUGGGAAUGGAAGAAAGAUAUGUGAAUUGGUUGGAUGGACAAUCAUGGCUUUUUCCAAGUUGUGUAUGUGGUACAGCUAAGCUAAGCUAAGCCAUUACAACUAGCUCAACAAAAUAUGGGAUGAUUCGUGAUUCAUGGUAUGGUCCGUUAGGAGGAUAUGAUUGAUCCAAAGCAGAGCAAGUGUGUAACUAACAUUUAUUAGUGGUAGGUUUGAUACUCAAAAUGAAAUCAUUAUUAGUAGGUUUAUCUUGGUGGAGAUCGAGCUCUAACAAAGAACUUGGAUGUGA